GCUUAUUGUCUCGUAAUUAUUUUUCUUGUAUACUCUUAUUUGGGCUUGUGUGAACCUGAUGCUCCGCCCCGACCCCCAGGAGCCGGUCUUAUUUAAAGGGGGCCCCGCGCCUGGCCUCCCCGUCCCAGUGGAAGCAUCAGUCUGGUGAUAGCAACUUGACCAACCAGAACACCAACCAUGUGCGACGACGAGGAGACUACCGCCCUUGUGUGCGACAACGGCUCCGGCUUGGUCAAGGCUGGAUUUGCCGGAGAUGACGCUCCCCGUGCUGUCUUCCCUUCCAUUGUCGGAAGGCCCCGUCACCAGGGCGUGAUGGUCGGUAUGGGUCAAAAAGACAGCUACGUAGGUGAUGAGGCUCAGAGCAAGAGAGGUAUCCUGACUCUGAAGUACCCCAUCGAGCACGGCAUCAUCACUAACUGGGACGACAUGGAGAAGAUCUGGCACCACACCUUCUACAACGAGCUGCGUGUGGCCCCUGAGGAGCACCCAACCCUGCUCACCGAGGCCCCUCUCAACCCCAAAGCCAACAGGGAGAAGAUGACACAGAUCAUGUUUGAGACCUUCAACGUCCCUGCCAUGUAUGUGGCCAUCCAGGCUGUGCUGUCCCUGUACGCGUCCGGCCGUACCACUGGUAUCGUGCUGGACGCUGGUGACGGUGUGACCCACAACGUGCCCGUCUAUGAGGGUUACGCUCUGCCCCACGCCAUCAUGCGUCUGGACUUGGCUGGUCGUGAUCUGACUGACUAUCUCAUGAAGAUCCUGACUGAGAGAGGCUACUCUUUCGUUACAACUGCUGAGCGUGAGAUCGUGCGUGACAUCAAGGAGAAGCUCUGCUAUGUGGCUCUGGACUUCGAGAACGAGAUGGCCACCGCUGCCUCCUCCUCCUCCCUGGAGAAGAGCUACGAGCUGCCUGACGGUCAGGUCAUCACCAUCGGUAACGAGCGUUUCCGCUGUCCCGAGACUCUCUUCCAGCCUUCCUUCAUUGGUAUGGAGUCUGCCGGUAUCCAUGAGACUGCCUACAACAGCAUCAUGAAGUGCGACAUUGACAUCCGCAAGGAUCUGUACGCCAACAACGUCUUGUCCGGUGGUACCACCAUGUACCCUGGUAUUGCUGACCGUAUGCAGAAGGAGAUCACUGCCCUGGCCCCCAGCACCAUGAAGAUCAAGAUCAUUGCUCCUCCUGAGCGUAAGUACUCUGUCUGGAUCGGUGGCUCCAUCCUGGCUUCCCUGUCCACCUUCCAGCAGAUGUGGAUCACCAAGCAGGAGUAUGAUGAGGCUGGUCCAUCCAUCGUCCACAGGAAGUGCUUCUAAACCAUCGCCAAUCUCUCAGUCUCAGCCGAUCUGCCCUGUCUCUUUUACUGUAUAUACAUGUGUUGUAAUAAAAACAGAUAACUGGUAACCAAUAA